GGGGCGGAAGAGGCGGUGGCGGCUGUCAGAGCUGGAGAGGGGCCGGGCGGAGCAGCCAUGGAGGGUCAACGCUGGCUGCCGCUGGAGGCCAAUCCCGAGGUCACCAACCAGUUUCUCAAACAGCUAGGUCUACAUCCUAACUGGCAAUUUGUUGAUGUAUAUGGAAUGGACCCUGAACUCCUUAGCAUGGUACCAAGACCAGUCUGUGCAGUCUUACUUCUCUUCCCUAUUACAGAAAAGUAUGAAAUAUUCAGAACAGAAGAGGAGGAAAAAAUAAAAUCUCAGGGGCAAGAUGUUACAUCAUCAGUGUAUUUCAUGAAGCAAACAAUCAGCAAUGCCUGUGGAACAAUUGGACUGAUUCAUGCUAUUGCAAACAAUAAAGACAAGAUGCACUUUGAAUCUGGAUCAACCUUGAAAAAAUUCCUGGAGGAGUCUGUGUCAAUGAGCCCUGAAGAAAGAGCCAAAUACUUGGAGAACUAUGACGCCAUUCGAGUUACUCAUGAGACCAGUGCCCAUGAAGGUCAAACUGAGGCACCAAGUAUAGAUGAAAAAGUAGAUCUUCAUUUUAUUGCAUUAGUUCAUGUAGAUGGGCAUCUCUAUGAAUUAGAUGGGCGAAAACCAUUUCCAAUUAACCAUGGGGAAACUAGUGAUGAAACAUUAUUAGAGGAUGCCAUAGAAGUUUGCAAGAAGUUUAUGGAACGUGACCCUGAUGAAUUAAGAUUUAAUGCGAUUGCUCUUUCUGCAGCAUAGCUUAUUGAUAAUGGAAACACCAAAUACUCUAUUAUUUGCAACAAAAUUUAAAUUCCUGCUGCCAUACACUAACUCAAAAAUUUUGAUAUUUUCAUUAACUUGACUGAUUAAACUUUAUGUGAAUUAAACUUUGA